AAACAAUGCAUGUGGUCACACUACUUGACAGCUCUUACGGGUGAUGCAACUUUUCAGUGUUUUAUCAUGCUGGUUUUGUAAAUUAAUGGUAUUUGCAGCAACGGCCAUUAUUACAUCGCUGUCUCUACAAGCAAAGAUGCUUUGUUGAACCUUUUAAAGGUCUUCCUGCUUCGAGGAGUCUCUAAGAUUUUUCCCGUUUGAGGAGGCCUUUCAACCAUGACUCUCUUGCUGCGAGCUUCUUCCUACUUUGGCCGUAGUGCCGUUUGUCGCGGGGUUGGCUUUGCAAGGCAACCGACUUCAGCCUUUUUCCACACGUCAUCUGGAGAUUCGUCUUUCAAGUCUGAAGCAAGAAAGACGUUGAAAGCGUCAUUGAUUCUCGAAGACGGCACCCGUUUAGAGGGGUUUUCGUUUGGCAAGCCGGUGUCCACGUCAGGAGAAGUUGUGUUCAAUACAGGUCUAGUGGGGUACCCCGAGGCGUUGACUGACCCCAGUUACUAUGGUCAAAUUCUCACCCUCACCUACCCCAUCCUGGGGAACUAUGGAGUCCCAGAUACCAAGGCAGUUGAUCAGUAUGGACUUCUAAAGUACGUGGAGUCCUCCAAAGUCCAGGUAUCUGGGCUGCUGGUGCAAGAUUAUUCACACGAGUACAGUCACUGGAACGCCGUCAAGUCACUCUCUGAAUGGCUAACAGAGGAAAACGUUCCUGCCUUGUAUGGAAUCGACACGCGGAUGCUGACGAAGUUCGUAAGGGAGAAGGGCACAGUUCUUGGCAAAAUCCAGUUCGAAAACCAGCCCAUUGAUUUUAUUAACCCCAACCUCCUAAACUUGACCGCAGAAGUGUCUACAAAGGAAGUCAAGGUAUAUGGAAAGGGUAAUGCCUUGAAGAUCAUAGCUGUUGAUUGUGGAAUUAAAGAAAACAUCAUAAGGAACUUGGUUCAGCGUGGCGCAGAAGUGCACGUGGUCCCGUGGAAUUACGACUACAGCCAGGAGGAGUACGACGGCCUGUUUCUCUCUAACGGCCCUGGAGAUCCUGCCACCACGACAGAUGCCAUCAACAACCUCAGAAAGAUUAUCGAUGGUGACCGUAACGAGCCCAUAUUUGGCAUUUGCAUGGGAAACCAACUGGUCAGCCUGGCAGCAGGAGCAAAAACCUUCAAGUUACCACUAGGAAACAGGGGUCACAAUCAACCUGUCAUUAACCGCCUCACUGGACAAGCAUUUAUAACCUCCCAAAAUCAUGGGUAUGCUGUUGACGAGACCACGCUCCCAAGAGACUGGAAGCCAAUCUUUGUAAACGCUAAUGACGGCAGCAACGAGGGUAUAAUGCAUACCAGCAAGCCAAUCGUCACAGCGCAGUUUCACCCAGAACAUUUUGGUGGCCCAACGGACACAGAGUUUUUGUUCGACGCGUUCAUAUCAAUGGUUAGAGAUGGAAAAUCACCUGUAGAAGCCAUGCGACUGCCGAGCAAGCCAACGGAGCGCAAACAACUCAAAAAGGUCUUAGUCCUGGGAUCCGGUGGUCUGUCCAUCGGACAAGCAGGAGAAUUCGAUUACUCCGGAUCACAAGCCAUUAAAGCCCUGAAGGAGGAGAAUAUAGAAACUGUACUAAUGAACCCGAACAUUGCCUCAGUACAGACAAACGAGGUCGGAGAGAAACAGGCCGACACGGUGUAUUUUGUACCAGUUACGUCGGAGUUUAUCGAGGACGUCAUCAAGCGCGAGCGACCAGACGGAGUAUUGUUGUCUAUGGGAGGGCAGACAGCGCUUAACUGCGGUGUUGAUCUUUACGACAAAGGGAUAUUCCAGAAGUACAAUGUUCAGGUACUAGGGACACCUAUUGAAUCUAUCAAGGCGACUGAAGAUCGACAGAUCUUUGCAAACAGACUAAAGGAGAUAAACGAAAAGCUUGCGCCGAGUGUCGCAGUUUACUCUGUUGAGGAAGCGGUGAAAGCAGCAAAAAAGAUAAAGUAUCCUGUCAUGGUCCGGGCUGCCUAUGCGCUUGGGGGACUGGGAUCUGGUCUGUGUGAAAACGAAGCUAAGCUACGAGCCCUUGCCAAAAAGGCCCUGGCCAUCGCACCGCAGAUCCUAAUCGAGAAGUCCUUGCUAGGUUGGAAGGAAGUGGAGUAUGAAGUGGUCCGUGAUGCCGCUAACAACUGCAUUACCGUCUGCAACAUGGAAAACUUUGAUCCACUCGGUGUGCAUACGGGAGACUCGGUGGUAGUGGCACCCAGCCAGACGCUAUCCAACCAAGAGUACCACAUGCUUAGGGAAACGGCCAUCAAGGUAGUUCGACAUUUUGGCAUUGUGGGCGAGUGCAAUAUUCAAUACGCACUUCACCCCACCUCCCUGGAGUACUGCAUCAUCGAGAUUAACGCUCGCCUGUCCCGCAGCUCAGCCCUCGCGUCCAAGGCUACAGGUUACCCUCUUGCAUUCAUUGCUGCCAAACUUGCACUAGGCAUCGAGUUGCCUGAUAUCAAAAACGCUACAACCCAGGUGACCACGGCCUGCUUCGAACCGAGCUUGGACUAUAUAGUAACUAAGAUCCCUCGCUGGGACUUGGACAGGUUCCAAAUGACGCCCAAAGAGAUCGGAAGCUCUAUGAAGAGCGUAGGAGAAGUGAUGGCCAUUGGAAGGACGUUUGAGGAAAGUUUGCAGAAAGCUCUUCGCAUGGUUCAUCCCUCAGUGGACGGCUUUAUCUCUAAGAUCCCUAGCGCUAACCAGGAGGUAAAAUGGGCGAGCAAUCUGGACGAAGCGCUGCGUGUGCCCUCUAACACUCGCAUGUAUUCUAUCGCCAGGGCUCUAGAAAAGGGUUACUCGGUGGAACGUAUUAACGAGUUGACGGCUAUUGAUCCGUGGUUCCUGUGCAAGUUAGAGCGAAUCAUAAAACUCGAAAAGGAUAUCAAGAACACUUCUCCUGAAACCCUCCCGCUGGACACACUGGUGUAUGCCAAGAAGAUGGGGUUCUCUGACCGGCAGAUGGCUAGACUGAUGGCCACAGAUGAACUUAGUAUGAGAAAAAAUAGAAUAGCGAAAGGCGUCACACCAUGGGUCAAACAGAUCGACACGAUGGCAGCUGAGUACCCCGCCUCUACGAACUACUUGUACAUGACGUAUAAUGGCCAGGAACACGAUCUUGUGUUCGACGAACAUGGGAUCAUGGUGUUAGGGUGUGGGCCGUACCACAUUGGCAGCAGCGUCGAGUUCGACUGGUGUGCGGUGUCCUGUAUACGUGCGCUUAGGGAUUUAGGUCAAAACACCGUCGUGGUGAAUAACAACCCCGAAACAGUCAGCACCGAUUACGAUGAGUGCGACAGGCUGUACUUUGAGGAGCUGUCCCUUGAGCGGGUUCUUGACAUCUACCAGACAGAAGGCUGUGAGGGUGCUAUUAUUUCCGUUGGUGGUCAAAUUCCCAACAACCUUGCGCUACCACUGCACAAUAACGGUGUCAAAAUUCUUGGGACGUCACCCCUCUCUAUCGACGCGGCUGAGGAAAGAUCUCGCUUUUCUGAGAUUAUGGACGAGAUUGAGGUUAAUCAGGCUCCAUGGCGCGCACUUUACGCUGUGGAUGACGCCCUGGAUUUCGCCGCGCAUGUUGGCUACCCCUGUCUGCUAAGACCUUCUUUUGUUCUAAGCGGUUCAGCAAUGAACGUUGCCUAUGGUCCCGAGGACCUGAAGCGAUUCUUGAGCGAAGCCGCACGUGUAUCACAGGACCAUCCCGUCGUCAUCACCAAGUUCGUGACCGGAGCCCGCGAGGUCGAGAUGGACGCGGUGGCAAAGCGAGGCCACGUGGUAUGUCACGCAAUCUCUGAGCACGUGGAAAACGCCGGAGUUCACUCGGGGGACGCGACGCUGAUUCUCCCGCCACAGAACAUACGCAGCGACGACAUUGCCAAGAUCAAAGAGGUUACCAGUAAGAUCGCCAAACGAUUCAACAUUUCCGGUCCCUUCAACAUGCAGUUCCUGGUGAAGGAUAAUCGCGUUAUGGUCAUUGAGUGCAACCUUCGCGCCUCCCGAUCAUUCCCAUUCGUCUCUAAAACUAUCGGCAAGGACUUCAUCGAGUGUGCGACCAAGAUCAUGGUGAACCAUCCUCAAGACUUGAAGGCUUUUCCUGACCUCAACACCCCCCUUCAGCCACAGGGAUUCGUCGGUAUCAAGGCCCCGAUGUUCUCAUGGCCGAGACUUCGCGACGCCGACCCGUUGCUCAGAUGUGAGAUGGCAUCCACUGGAGAGGUGGCAUGUUUUGGAAGGACGGUGAACUCAGCGUUCCUGAUGGCACUGCUCUCAACAGGAUUCAAGAUUCCUGAGAAGAACGUUAUGAUCGGAAUUCAGCAAGAUUUUCAGCACGAGUUCCUCCCAACGGCCAACAAACUGCACCGCAUGGGCUACAAGUUGUUUGCCACGGACGCCACCUCGAAGUACCUGAAGGACCAUAAUAUUCCUGCUCAGACCGUGUCGUGGCCACUGCACCCCGAGGGGGAGUACCCUAAUGCGGGGCGUCUGAUCAGCGAGAAGAAGAUCGAUAUGGUUAUCAAUCUACCCAACCAGAACACCAAGUAUGUCAAGGAUAACUACAUCAUCCGCCGAGCAGCCAUUGAUAACGGCAUCCCGCUCAUAACGAAUUUUGAGGUGACCAAACUGUUAGCUCAAGCAUUAUCUGAGAGAUCUACUCUCGAAGCAUCUACGCUGUUCCAUUUUCAGAAGGAGACCCAUCGGGUCUUAUGAAGCCUUGAUCCUCCUUUACAAGCUACGAGAGACAGAUCCGUGUCCUUGUACGAUCGUUACUAUAGUUAAUUAAUACGCCUGAAGUAUGUGCUUAAGGCAACACUGCAAGCACAUUUCUUGAGGGUAGGUUUGAAAUAAAAAAUACAAAAAGCAUA